GCGCACAGAGGAGCUGUUACUCAUGCAGAUGUCUACUGGAUGUUGGUGAGACUUGUGGCUUCAUGGAGAGUUUCCAGCCCCAGCAGUCUGUAUGGGACCUGGUAAAGGAUUGCGUGCCUGACUCUGAGCUUUCAGAGAUAAGGACUGUACUUGGAGAAGGACUGAUAGACAUGUACACUGAAAUAUAUUCUGAGGUGCAGAUGUGGGAGCAGAUUUGGCAAGAAGCUCAGAGUGAGAAGUGCAGGUCCCAUAUCCCCAGACCCUGCAUGCUUCUGACUGACCCCCCAGCCAUCAAAGAACUGCUACGGGCUGAGCUACAGCUACUGCUGCUCACUUUGCGAGAGAAAGCAGCCAGGCGGGGCAGAGAUGGAGAUGAAGUCAUGUCCCAGUAUAGUCCCAGGGUGGUGACCUAUGCACUUGGUGACAGUGGUGGAAAAGGAAGUCCAGGCAGCCAGUGUGAAGCUGCAAUACCACCUAGCAGGCCUGCGUCCAGUUCCAGCCACAGUGAAAGCAGAUCAAGCUCAAGACUCUCUUCUCGCUCCAGCUGUGAAGAUGAAAUUGAGGCUUUGAGGCACAAAUUAAACGUCACCCACAUAGAUGAGGUUGUGUCACAUCUCAAAUCAUGUCUUACUGAAGAGUGUGAGGCGUUGAAAAAGGACGUUCAAUUCCUGCAGGAGAGUGUGGAGUUAGAAUUUCAGAAGCAGAGGGAGCUGGAGUUGAUGGAGCCCACCCUAACAGAGCUAAAAGAGGAACGCCGCAUUAUCCAGAGAGACCUGCAUGUCCAGAAUUUGAUGAGUGAAACCUCAGAUAAGCUGAAGCCAGGCAGCUCUCCAGUCCCCAGCAGGGAAAUAAGAUUGACUGACUUUCCUGCAAGUGACUCAGAGAUGGAGAAUCCAUCAACCUCCCCAGUGCUGCCCAGGAUGAGUUGUCUUUAUCCCAAUCCCUCUCCUCCACACUUUAGCAGGCCUGUUCAUCCAGACAAGGCCAGGCACAGACUGUCCCAUAAGGUUACUCAGCCUCUACCCACGGCUCCAGCAAGCAGUGAGCCUCAAAUACUGGACUCAGAUCACUCACACACCAACCUGAGCUGCUUGACAUCCACAAUCUUGUCCAUAGAGGGGCCGCCGCUGACACAGAGUAGCUCUACUUCUUCCGCGACUCUGUUGAGGCCUUCCAGCUGCAGCAGCAAGCCCAGAGAGGAAGCACAUGCGGGGCCUCCCGUGAGAGUCGCAGCAUCCAGACUGAGCCCAGCUGCAAGCCUUGUCCACGGACAGCAGUGUGGGUCCUCUGUUUGCUCCAAACAGCUGGGCCUGGGGGCAGAGGCAGCCAGAGCCAGGACCCUGCUGCCCACUCCACCCACAGUGCAGAAAGUAGCCAGCAGGGGGCAGCGAGCAAGCAGACGCCUAGCUCUCCCUCAAGCUGGAAGCCUGCUCAGCCCCUCCUGA